AUGCCGUCGUCGACGAUCCGGAGCAUCUCCAUCACAGUAUCUGACGACGACGCUGCCGCGGCGCCCCGGCGUGCCCGCGCCGGUCGGAGGAAGGUGGUCCGCAGCCUGGGGCAGCGCGCCGUGCGGCUUCUCGCGAGGUGGUGGCCUAUCCUCCUGCUCCUCCCGGCCGUCGCGCUGCUCCUCUUCGAGGCCUCGCGGCUCCGCGCCUCUCCGAGCCCCGCCCCGCCAGUAUCCAGCCUUGGACGCCUCGACCCGACCACGCGCCUCGUCCAUGGCGUGCGCGAGCCUUGCUUGAAGUUCCUUAGCCCGAAAAGUAUAGAGAAUCUGGUAUUUCAUGGCGGCUCGGGACUUGACGCUGUGGUCAAGAGGAUCAUAUACAAAUCUGAUGACAACGACUAUGACUCAUACCACCCGGAGGCAAACUCCACGUAUUUACUGCAGCACGCUGAAGCUACCAGGUUCAAUUUGUUUACAGGGUUUCAGACACUUCCUGAAAGAGAAGACAGCUUUAAGGUGAAUGAGACUGUCAAUGUGCACUGCGGUUUCUACAGUGACAAUGGUGGUUUCAGAAUUUCCGAUGAAGACACCAGAUACAUGAGAGCUUGUAAAGUUGUUGUGUCCACAUGCGCAUUCGGUGGUGGGGAUGAUCUUUAUCAACCUAUUGGAAUGGUCAAUUCUUCUAUUGGAAAGGUCUGCUAUGUGGCUUUCUGGGAUGAGGUCACAUUAUCAACUCAAGAGGCUGAAGGAAAAGUAACUGGUGACAAUGGAAUGAUAGGAAGGUGGCGUAUCAUUAUUGUCAAGAAUCUCCCCUUUGUGGACCAACGGUUAAAUGGAAAGAUACCAAAGAUGUUGACUCACCGACUUUUCCCAGAAGCAAGGUACUCUAUAUGGGUUGACUCUAAAUACCAAUUCAGAAGAGAUCCCAUAGGAGUGCUUGAAGCGCUUCUUUGGAGAACGAACUCUACCUUUGCUAUUUCUGAACAUGGAGCACGGAGUAACGUCUAUGAUGAGGGGAAAGCGAUUGUUCAAAAGCACAAGGCUACUCCUGAAGAAGUAGAGGUUCAGUUAACUCAGUAUCGUCGAGACGGAAUGCCAGAUGAUAAAAGACUACAUGGAUUAAAAGCUUUAGCCGAAGCUUCCAUCAUUGUGAGAGAGCUGACCCCAUUGACAAAUCAUUUCAUGUGUGCUUGGUUCAAUGAAGUUGUUCGCUUCACAUCUCGGGACCAACUCAGUUUUCCAUAUGUACUAUGGCGUCUAAACAUGCCAGGAAUGAACAUGUUUCCUGUUUGCACGAGAAGGGAUCUUGUUAACAGUCUCGGUCACACAAGGAAAGUAAAACCUCUUGCACAGACGAAUUCAGAUUCUUCCGCCGCUUGAUCUUUUUCACGAUCAUUUACUGAUCGUCAACUAACCGUUGAUUUAUGUACCUUCCCUCUAUCUUGAUCCACAAUUUUGUUGUAAAUUAUUCUUUUGACUCUUCCCUCAAGGAACGUCAUGACUUGUUGUAUACGGACUUUCACCUGUGAUAUAGACGCUAAGCAGUUGCUUUUAUGUUUGUUGAUAUUACCUGUAAAAAUCAUGUUGUGUUUGGGUGAAAGGAACAACAUUCUGCUUUA